AUGUCCAUCCAUACUGCACCAAUCACUAUAUCUGAGGAUCAAGUCCAGCCCAUCAUUGAGCAAAUUGUUAGGAAGUAUAAUUCUCCGGACGUAUAUGUCCAGCAAUUCUAUAUUGAACCAUCAAGUUUCCCUAAGUUUGUGGACAAGCUCAGAGAAAGUGAAUACAGCACUCUAAGGUAUGACCAUGUGAAAGGCAUCUUGCAACUGAGCAUGCCUACUCCUGUACAUGAAGUUUUCAUUGAGUGCCUCAGUGAACUUUUACAGGGGGAACUGUCAGGCUUUAUCAGACGGUCAGAUUGGAAGUUCAAGUUGAGUUCUAAUACAUCCAAGUUCCUCCGGCGAGGUCAAAUCACCACUGUACCCAACUUAGCCAUCAAGUUCCAAAGCCUCAAUCCUAGCACUGAGUGGCAGGACUUGUUCAUUGUCGAGGUCUCCCAUUCCCAGUCACUUGGGGACGUCACCCAGAAGGUGAAAAAGUACUGGGAGGAGCUCCCCCACCUUGUUGGCACUCUAGUGGUCAAAUUCUACAAGUCCCACAAAUAUGCAAAGCCCCAAUAUGGGUCAAUUUUGGAGAUGGAGAAGAUUAUGAGAAGUGCGCUUCAGACUGUUGCUAACCUAGAAGCUGAAAGUGCAGCUGCUCAGAUGGCAGCGCUAGAGGUUGCUACCCAGGAUUUGAUAGCAAACUGCACUGGUCGUCCUCUUCAGAGUGGUACCCAUUCACGCACACCCACCACUACUCUACCUACUCCCCAUUUGCACCCCCAAGUAUUGCCUAAAGAGAUAUCUUCUAUCAAUCUCUCAGUCUUUGAUAUCCAGCUGGAUUUUGACGAUUUUCUUCAGGCUUUUCAUGAAUCUGUAGCUGAUCUGGCACAUAGACAUUUUCAGGAUCAUUGUAAUGCCCCCCGAAGUCGUGCUAAGGCAGCUAGGAGAAGGAGUCCUUUUCACUCUGAAGAAGAAGUGGGUCGGCUUGUUCGACAGAAAUUGGGUGUAGGUAGCUUCAGCAACAAUGUCACAAGGAGGAAGUGA